AUGCUUGGUCUACGUUUUGCACACGUUGCUGUGAUGCUCGUUGUGGUCGUAAAAACGGUCCUGGUCAGCUUCCACAACGUGAAAUCCAUAAAGCCAGUAGUGUCGCAACACAUUCCCGGGCAGCCGGAGCGAGCGGCUGUUGUUUCUAUCAACGAGGAUACGGGAGUAGGCGUUCCCAGGCGACACACCCCAACCGGAAAAGCGCCGUCCGCCAACUCAACCAGGAGUGACACAAUAACCGGAAAAGCGCCGUCCGCCAACUCAACCAGGAGCGACACCAUAGCCGGAGAUGCACCGUCCGCCAACUCAACCAGGAGUGACACCCUAACCGGAAAAAGACCGUCCGCCAACUCAACCAGGAGGAGCACACGCAUUACUACUCAAAGAACUGCGACAGAAUUUAGUGUCAGUCCGACGACACAGGAAAUCGGUAUGAAGCCUGAUUGGACAAAGCUAAUACCGCAAUGGUUGCACAAUCGAAAUACAACCAGCGUGAAACUGCUGAGAACUGGGGCACCAGACAUGCCUUCAGGUGCUUUCGUGCAUAUCGGUAAAACGGGUGGAUCAACGCUGAGCUUGCACUUGCGCAAUGGCUGUCACUCCUUCAUCAAACAGCCGUGUAAUCAGCUGUCCCUGAACGAGGUGGAAUCGCAUGUAUCCCGCUUGACUACGUACUAUCAUGUGCCUGACUUUGCCAAUCUUAGGCGAACCCGUCACCAUCUGUUCUAUGUCCUUAGUAUCCGCGACCCGUUAGCUCGGCUGUUGUCCGUCUUCACGUACAUGCAUCCGGAUAACAUCAUUGCCCGCGGCGCUUGUCAAUGGAAUAUCUGUGAAACCGAAAGUAUAUGGAAAUGUUUUCCAAAUUUGGAUGAGUUUGCUAAAGCCCUCAACUUAUACCGAGAAGAAAGCAAAGGACAAGAGGCUGUGGCAGAGAGAAGAUGCGUACAGGGCGCUCAAAGCUUUAUUCGUAGUAGCGACAAUGCACCGGACCACUUUCGACACAGCCUCGAGGCGAUUGUGGAGGAAUACAUGCCACCAAACGCCAUAAUGAAUUCGACCAUUCUUGUGGUAAGAAAUGAACAUAUUUGGGACGAUUGGAUUUCCGUUAACCAAUGGCUUGGUCAGGAAGGAAAGGUGGACGCAUUUCCAGAUAACAAUGUACGUGAUUUUUCACACAUGACGCUCCCCGUUUCCAAAAACUUUUCCGAGGAAUCUCGCAAAAGCUUAUGUGCCGGUCUCCGCGAUGAAUACCGAAUCUACAUGACCAUCCUCUCAAAGGCCGCCAAUAUCGGGCCAGUUGAAAUGGCGCAAAGCAUCGAUUUGGCUCACAGAAACUGCCCGUCUCUUCAAUUUUCUUCUUUUGUUUGA